GUCACCCCGCAUUCAUUGUUUACGUUUAGGUACAAAGUUCAGUCGAGUUUAGCAAAAAUGUUGAAACUAAAUAAUUACGGAACGCGCAAAUUAAUUUUAGAUAUUUCCAAAACUCGUUUCUACUCAGCUGCAGUUCCAAAAAGAAAGCCCGAAAAUGAGGUCAGCAAAGAGCCAAAACGACAAAAUGAAUCUUUCAUGGCCAACAUAUUUCGUGGCAAUUUGGUCUCGAAACAAGUUUUCCCCUACCCCGAUGUCUUGACAUUGGAACAAAAGGAGACCACGGACAGCAUGUUGGAUCCGUUCCAACGAUUUUUUUCCGAUGUCAACAAUGCUGCUCGUAAUGACGACAAUUCCGUCAUCGAUGAUAAAACCCUGAACGCUCUGUGGGAGCUCGGUGGCAUGGCCAUCCAGGUGCCCAGCGAGUAUGGAGGUCUUGGCAUGAACAACACCCAGUAUGCACGACUCUGUCAGAUAGUGGGAGCAAAUGAUCUGGGUCUUGGUAUUACCCUGGGCGCCCAUCAGAGUAUUGGAUUCAAGGGCAUACUGCUGUACGGCACACCAGAGCAGAAGGCAAAAUAUUUGCCCAAGGUGGCCUCAGAGCAGGUUUAUGCCGCCUUUGCUCUAACCGAGCCAAGCUCUGGCUCGGAUGCCAACUCCAUUCGCAGCCGGGCUGUGAAGUCAGCAGACAAUAAAUACUACAUUCUAAAUGGCUCCAAGAUUUGGAUUUCCAAUGGUGGAUUGGCCGAUGUGAUGACUGUGUUUGCCCAAACUGAGCAAAUCGAUAAAAAGACUGGUGAAAAAAAGGAUAAGGUGACAGCGUUCAUUGUCGAGCGUUCUUUCGGCGGUGUUACAAACGGGGCACCCGAAAAGAAGAUGGGCAUCAAAGCUUCCAACACAGCUGAGGUAUACUUCGAGGAUGUUAAGAUUCCCAUUGAAAAUGUGCUUGGCAAGGAAGGCGAAGGCUUCAAGGUGGCUGUUAACAUUCUGAACAGUGGACGCUUUGGCAUGGGUGCCACUUUGUCCGGAACUAUGAAGAAGUGCAUCGAGAUUGCGACGGCACAUGCCAACAACCGCACGCAGUUUGGCCAAAAGAUCAAAGAGUUUGGCACCAUUCAGGAGAAGUUGGUCAACAUGAAUAUAUUGCAAUAUGCGACGGAAUCGAUGGCGUUUAUGAUAUCUCAAAACAUGGACUCGGGCAGCCAGGAUUACCACUUGGAGACGGCCAUAUCGAAGAUAUAUGCCUCUGAAAGCGCUUGGAACGUUUCCGACGAAGCCAUCCAAAUUCUGGGUGGCAUGGGAUUCAUGAAGGAGACAGGAUUGGAGCGCAUCAUGCGAGAUCUGCGCAUCUUCCGCAUAUUCGAGGGCACCAAUGAGGUGCUUCGCCUGUUCGUCGCGCUCUCCGGUGUCCAAUACGCUGGCAACCAUUUGAAGGAACUUCAACGCGCAUUCAAGAAUCCCUCCGCGAAUCUGGGCUUUAUCUUCAAGGAAGCUUCGAGGCGUGCAACAUCAACGAUUGGCUUGGGCGGCGUCGAUCUGAGCGCAUUUGUUGUGCCCGAGCUGCAGGAGUCGGCGAAGAAGACCGCCGCUUGCAUCGAUCUCUUUGGACGCACCACCGAGGAGGCUCUAAUGAAGUACAACAAGAACAUCAUCAACGAACAGAUCAUACUGAAUCACUUGGCCAAUUCCGCCAUCGACAUCUAUGCCAUGAUAGCAACUCUCUCCCGAUCCACACGAGCUGCCAAACUUAAUCUGCCCACAGCGGAACAUGAACUUAACCUAACCAAAGCUCUGGCCAACCAGGCUACCGAACGAGUCCUUCAGCAUCUGAAGAAAGCGAGCUCACCCCAGCUCCAAAGCGAAAACAAAUUGGUGUCCACAAUAGCGAAAACAAUCAGCGAACAGGAUGGCGUGCAUUCAACAGGCGUCAUCGACCUCAAUUGAAUUUCGAGCGAACAAAAGUAGAUAGAGUAAAGCUAAUCCAUGUGUCUAAUCCA